AUGAGUGAUUGGGAAAACGAUGAUAAUGUUCAGCCCCAAGCGCCUGCUUUUGUCCCUCGUCGCCGCUUCGAAGAUGAAGACUUGGAAGACGACGACGUGAAAGAUGAUUGGGAAGAGGAAGACGAAGAGCCCAAGCCUGCUCCCGCUCCUGCUCCUGAGCCAAAGAAGCGACUUUCUGUGAAGCAAAAGAUUGCAGAGAAGGAGGCCAUGAAGCAGAAUAACACAGGAAAUGACUUUGAUGAUUGGGAGCUAGAACAGCCCCAAGAAAAUGAAGACGAGCGUCGAAGACGCGAAAAAGAAGCACAAAUACGCUCUGAUCUGGACAAUGCUGCAACCCUCCUUGGCAGCACCUCGCUUGACGCGAAAAAGGACAAUCUUGCAGUAGACUCCCAGACUGUGUCCCUCUCUGAUGCCAAGCCCAGCAGCAAAGAGGACUGGGAAGCGUUCGCCAAGUCUCUUUAUGAUAAACUUAUUCUUCCCAAAGCAAGUCGCCCUGGCUUUGACAAGCACUUUUUCCCCAAGAUGAUCACACUCCUGACGACGAAUGGUCUGCGUGACGUUGACAUGCGCAAAGGUUCAACCAAGCUGCGUGAGCUCGCUGAGGCAAAGGUCAAGGCCGAUAAAGACAUGAAAAGGACUGGCGGUAACCUGCGCAACCUGCAAAAUGCCAAGCCAAAACAGGUUGGCACAAGCAGCGCGAAAAAUACUUUCGACCUUAAAGCAUACGGCGAUGAAGCACUCGAUGAUGACCUUGACUUUAUGUAG